CCCUCUCUCUCUCUCUCUAUCUCAAAUCCUCCAUGACCAACCAAAAGCAGUCGAUAUAACUUCGAACCCAACCAAAGACUCAUCUUUCUUCUACCCAAUUCGUGCACUCUCAUCAAAGGCAUGGCUCCAACUGCAGCAACCACAUGGUUCUCUCCUCCAAUCCCAUCCAAGUCUUCUUCUUCUUCGCUUUCAGUUGAAUUGGACUUGCACGGGCCCAGCAAAAAGCCCAGAAGAAUCACUUGCUCUCUCCAAACGCCCCCCAAGCUCCUCCUCCCCAAGAAACCAUUGACAGUCCAACCGUCAAGAACCGCCGUUGCCGCUCCUCCCUCCACUUCAAAACCUCAUGGCAAAGAGACUCCGGUGCAAUGGAACUUGUUGCAGAAAUUCGCGUCCGCAGCCUUAGACGCCGUCGAGAACGCCCUCGUCUCCCACGAGCUCGAGCAGCCCCUCCCCAAGACGUCAGACCCACGGGUCCAAAUCUCCGGCAACUUUGCCCCGGUGCCCGAGCAGCCCGUCUGCCACUCGCUUCCUGUGGCUGGCAAGAUCCCUGAUUGCAUCCAAGGCGUGUACGUGCGGAACGGGGCCAACCCGCUCUAUCAGCCAGUUGCCGGCCACCACUUGUUCGACGGCGACGGCAUGAUCCACGCCGUCCAUCUUGCUGAUGGCUCUGCCAGCUACGCCUGCCGCUUCACCAAGACACACCGCUUUGUCCAGGAGCAGGCCCUCGGCCGUCCAAUCUUCCCCAAAGCCAUCGGCGAGCUCCAUGGCCACUUCGGCAUCGCCAGGCUCCUUCUCUUCUAUGCUCGCGGUGCUUGCGGCCUCCUCGACCAUGGCCAUGGCAUCGGUGUUGCCAACGCGGGCCUUGUGUACUUCAAUGGCUGCCUGCUCGCCAUGUCGGAGGAUGACAUGCCCUACCAUGUCCGCAUCACCGCUGCCAGUGACCUUGACACCAUCGGCCGCUACGACUUCGGCAGCCAGCUGGACUCCAUGAUGAUCGCCCACCCAAAGCUCGACCCUGUCUCAGGCGAGCUCUUCGCCCUCAGCUACGACGUUGUCCAGAAGCCCUACCUCAACUACUUCCGCUUCUCGCCAGACGGGAGGAAGUCACUGGAUAUUGAGAUUCCCCUCGCGGAGCCGACAAUGAUGCACGACUUCGCGAUCACUGAGCAGUUCGUGGUGAUCCCAGACCAGCAGGUGGUGUUCAAGCUGAACGAGAUGGUCCGCGGCGGAUCUCCAGUGAUCUACAACAAAGCCAAAACGUCGAGGUUUGGAAUCAUGGACAAGUACGCGGACGACGCAUCCGGAAUCCGGUGGAUCGACGUGCCGGAUUGCUUCUGCUUCCACCUCUGGAACGCCUGGGAAGAGCCGGAGAGCGACGAAGUCGUCGUGAUCGGCUCGUGCAUGACGCCACCAGACUCAAUCUUCAACGAGCAGGACGAGAGCCUGAAGAGCGUGUUGUCCGAGAUCAGGCUCAAUCUGAAGACUGGCGAGUCGAUGCGGCGUCCGAUCAUAAGCGACGAGAGCGAGCAAGUGAACCUGGAGGCGGGAAUGGUGAACCGGAACAGGCUCGGGAGGAAAACCCAGUUCGCGUACCUGGCCCUGGCCGAGCCAUGGCCGAAGGUGUCGGGGUUCGCGAAGGUGGACCUCGCGACGGGGCAGGUCCGCAAGUUCAUGUACGGGGAGCAGAGGUACGGAGGCGAGCCCCUGUUCCUGCCGAGGGAGGCGAGUUCAGGGAGCGGAGAGGACGACGGAUACGUGUUGGCGUUCGUGCACGACGAGAAGGAGUGGAGGUCGGAGCUACAGAUCGUGAACGCCGUGACUCUGGAGCUGGAGGUGACAGUCCAGCUCCCGUCGCGAGUCCCCUACGGGUUCCACGGCACGUUCAUCAGCGCCAAGGAUUUGGCGCAGCAGGCUUGAGAUCGAAUUAAGAUCAAAGGAGGAUUUCACAGAGGGAUGAUUUGCAUAUACGUCCCCGGGAAUCUUCCUCACACACAGUCACGGAGUAACAUCCAUCUACUUUGUGGACGUUCUUCGAAACUUUGUCUUUUUCAAAAUGGGUGAGAGUGAGAGAUUUUGAGGAACCGAGCUCGUAGCUUUGAGAGUAGUUUUGGUAGGACUGAGAGCUCAGCUGGUUUCUGCUUAUUCUCUCGCUUCUCUGUUCUUGUCUCUGCUUUCGUGUAUGUGUGUAACAAUAACAACGUUUACAGGCACAUUACCAUAUUUGUACAUCUGUUUCAUGACUCU